CGCCUAAGACGAUACAGGUUGACGACCACAUUAUUAUUAAAUAUGUUAAUCAGUAAAAUUUAAGAAGAAAUGUGGAAUUACGAUAUUUUGUGUACGUUGUACAUGAAAUAAUAAUUGAAGAAAUUUGAUAACAUUGAACAUGUGUAUAUUAUUUUUGUAGAGAUUCUUUUACUUCUUAAAGGCUUGGUUAGAGGAGGGAUUAACCUAUAGUGGUUACAUCUAUGAAGUAACGUUACAGGAACAUUAACCAAUCAGAAUGUGGAACCGACUAAGUCAAGUUGCAGGACUUGGUCAGGCUGAACCAGACCUACAACAGACUCAGAAUGUUCAGAAUCCUAUGGAGUUCCAAGAACAACAACAACUACUUAUUGAACAGUUGAAAGAUAUGUUACGUGAAAAUGAAGCACAGUUAAAAAACAAGGAGAAAGAAGUAGAAGAUACAAUGGCCAAAUUUCAGAAAUUUAAGCUUCAGUCUAAAGCCAAAAUAGCACAGCUUACUAAUCAGCUCAAAAGUCAAGAAGUGAACACUGGACAAGAAAAGUUAGCAGGUGAGGCAGAAGAAGUUCCAUUCUCAACUCAUGAGCAUCCUGCAGACCAUGGAAUCAAAGGGAAAGUUAUAAUGCUAAAGAGGCAGCUAGAGGAGAGCCGACAAAAGUUUGAAAGACGAGAAAAAGAACUAAUAGAAAGUCGCAGCAUUUUAGAAAAAAUGAUUCAGGAUUUACAAGGUCAGCUUCAGGAAAGGGAAGGUCUUAUUCAAGAGCUAAAAGAGAAAAAGGAUGAGGAAAAUCAAGAAACUAAGACAUCAGCUACUCAAAAUGAAAGAAAUGUGCAAGAAAUAUAUGCCCAGCUGGUGUACAAAGAUUCAAAGAUCUUGGAUCUUAAUAACACUGUUCUUGAAAGAGAAUGCCAGAUCAUGGACCUUCAGGAGCUUAUUAAAGAAAAAGAUGAGGUCCUACAAACUCGAAACCGUGCAAUACAGCUAAUGACUGAAGAUAUGAGUAAAAGAGGGAAGUCAGUUGUAGAUGAACUGGAUGAAACACGUGGCCAAAUGAAAAUUAUGCAGAAAAACUUUGUAACCAUGGAAACAAGUUGGAAGGAUGAGAAAGAUAAACUUGAGAAAGGCAUCCAACACCUUCAAGAAAAACAUGAGGCAGAAACAGAUGAAAAAGUUAAAAAAAUUGCUGAACUUGAAUCAAGUUUGAAAAAGCUUGAAACUGUACGAUUUGAACUAGCUACAAAAAAUGCAGAGUUACAAGAAAAACUUGUUUACGUACAGGAAAGCAUGGAAGAGCUUAAAGAAACCCAGUUAAAACACUAUGAAGAGGAAUGGAACCAGCUCCAGAAAGAACUUGAAAAAAAAAAUUCCCAGGUUACAGAGUUACAAUUACAUCUAGAGCAAGCCAACAGUCAGACUGACACCAAGGUUCUGAAAGCUAGAGCUAAAGAAAGAAGCAAGAUAAAAGCUUUAGAGAGACAAAUUGAACAAUUGAAAAAGGGUGGAGAAGGAGCAGAAGUUGAACCACUCCAAGAACGGCUAGCAGAGUUAGAGGAAGAGAAAGGUACGCUGCAAUUGAGACUUAUGGAUCUUGAGGAGCAGAUAGAUUUACAAGAGAAAUGGAACAAGGAAAAGUCUGUUUUUGAACAGAGUCUUGCACAAGAAACGAAAGAAAAGGAAUCCCUUGAGGUCAACUAUUCAUCCCUGAAAGAAGAACACCAACAGAUGUUAGAUAAAAUUGAACAUCUCCAAUCUACUUGCAGUCAGCUUCAGGAACAGACAUACCAGGAAAAGGAGUUGAGAAGGAUUCUUGAACUAAAAGUACAAGAACUACAAAAGAUAACAGAGGACAAACAGCUUCAGAUGAAGAGAGCAACUGAAUUGUUGCAGGAAAAGGACUCUAAGCUUGAACAACUUGAAUCUGUAUUGGAACACUUAAAAGAAGACAAAGUUUCUUUAGAAAUGAAAAUAAUAGAGCUUGAAGAACAGAAGGAAGGUGAUGAACAGAUAAUACAGGAACUCCAAGGAAAAGUUGAAAACCUCUUUGAACAGAUAGAAAAUGAAAAGCAACCUGUUUUAGAUAUUGAAAAGGAGCGAGACACAUUGCAAGUGAAACUUAAUGAGUUACAAAAAGCUGGAGUUAUAGAUAAGAACAAAAUUGAAGAGUUAGAAAAUAACUUAGAAGUCACAAAAGAAAAACUAAAGGAGUUACAGAAUCAUUAUGAGCUCGUCCAAGAAGAAAAUAUUUGUGCAAGAGAAGAAUCUGGUGCAAACCUAAAAAAACUUAAUGUUAUAGAACAACAGCUUUUAGAAACUGUAAACCAACUGCAGGAAACACAGCAAGCAUUGAAGGAAAAGGAAGAUUCUUUUGCAAAUAUAAAACAAGCAUUUGAGGAAACAUCAAACCAUGUAUCAGAUUUUCUAUCCAAGCACACGUGUCAGAGUUUUGAUGAAGUUAAUAGGAAAUGGUGUGAAAUUCAAGAAAAAACAGAAUACAUGGAAAAGGAAAUGGAUUUUUUGAGAACGGAAAAGUCUAAUUUUGAAAAUACAACAUUAAAUGUAUUAACACAGCUCACAGAAUCAGAAGAAUCCUUUCAGAAAGAAAGAGAGCAACUUCAGAUAGCCUUGAAUGAAAAAAGUUCUGAAAGUAAUCAACUUCAUGCACGAGUAUCAGAAAAAGAAGACACCAUUAGAAAACUGACAGAAGCACUAGAUGGUAAAGAAAUGCAGUGCCAAUAUAUGGUUACCCAAAAGGAAGAGCAAGAACGUAGAAGUUUACAGUUAACAUCUGAACUUGAAAAUAAAAAUGACCACAUAGAAAGUUUACUCAGAGAGUUGAAUAGCAAAAAUGUAAGUAUUGAGUCUGCUAAAUCUGAAAUUCAUACAGAACAUCAGCGUAAUGAAGAUCUGAACCUGCAACUUAACCAAGUGAAAAGAGAACUUGAAAUACUGGAAGAAACUCAUUCGUCCAAAGACAAAAAAAUUGACUCCAAAGUUGCAUCCCUUCUGGAACAGAUACAUGAUUUAGAACUGGAACUAUCAAGUGCUCAAAACACAGUUGAACAAAAAGAAAGAAAUAUGGAAAUGUACCAGAUGCAAUUAGAGGAAAUAAAACACGAAAGAGAAAUUGAAAUUAGAGAUUAUAAAAUGAAAAUUGAAAGUUUGGAUGAAAAAUUAAAUGCUGUAGAGAAUAAAUUUUCUUUUGCUGUCGAUACAAUAAAGUCUAAGGAUGAUGAACUGAAUAAACUUGUGGAAGAUUUUAAAUAUAAAAACCUUAAUCAACUGCAGGAGUAUGAUCAAAAAAUUCAGAAAUACCAAGAAGAAAAUAUACAACUGAAAACUGAGAAGCAAUAUUUAACUGAGCAACUUCAAAUAAGAAAUGAUAAGUUUAUAGAACAACAACAGCUUGUUGAAGAGACCCAAAACCAUGUAGAAGAACUCAGUUCUUUGAAAUCACAACUUGCCUCAUCAAAUGAAACACUUGAGAAACUUCAAAAUGAUAUUCAAGUAAAGAAUAUGGAAAUUGUCUCUAUAAAUGAAGGUAGUGAAAAAGCUUUGAAUUCUUUAAAACAGCAGCUAGAGUUAAGCUCCAAAGAAAACAACUCGCUUGCUGCAGAACUUCAUACACUUCACUCUUCAUUAGCUCAACAUCAAGAUCAGCUUAGUGGUCUUCAAAACUAUAUUGCUCAGCUUGAAUCAACAAAAGAUUCUAGUAUUUCUGAGUUAAAUUCUUUGAACGAUAAGUACAGCAAAGUGUUGCAAUCAUAUGAAGAAAUCCAGGAGAAGUAUAACCAGAAAUGUUCAGACUUGCAUAGAACUGACCAGUUACUGAAAGAAGCCACACAGCACCUGGACUUAAUGACCCAAUACAAAAACGAAUCUGAUAUUAGUUUACAAACAAAGAACAAUGAAAUUACUUGUUUAAAAGAAAAUAUCCAAACACUAGAAACAAUGGUUGAAGAUUUAAAGACAAAUUUGGCUUCCAAAGAAGAAGAAUGUGUGAAAUUAUCAUAUGAAAAAGAAGAGGCUUGUAAACAAUUGGAAAGUCAACAGCAAAACAAAGAAGUUUGGGAGAAGGGUGAGCAGAAGAAAAAUGACCAUAUAAAUGAACUUCAGAAGACUUUUGAAAAUAGUGAACGAGACAAUGCAGAGUUAAAAUCAAAAGUACAAAACUUAUUUCAGGAAGUUCAAACUGAAAGGAAAAAAGCACAGUUAGCUUUAGAACUGGAAGAUACAUAUAAAAAGCAUAUUGAACAGUUGACCAGUGAAGUAGAAUUACUUCAACAGAGUUUACAGAAGUCAUCAGAAGAGAUCUUACAAGCAGAAUCAUCUGUGGAACAAACUAUGACUUUGAAAGAUCAAAUUAUUCAAGAAUGUCAAUCAAAACUUGAAGCAGUAUAUGAAGAACUACAGAAAGAAAAACUAUCUACAGAAGCUUUACGAAAUCAGUUGAUUGACUCUGAUUCAAGUCAUCUAGCACAAAUUGAAUGUUUGAAAGCUGAAAUUAAGAGUUUAAAUAAUGAACUUCAAGAAGCCUACUCAAAGUCGCAAGGUACAGAGAGGGAAUUACUUGAAAGUCGACAGUCUAGAGAAUCCAUCAAAGAACAACUGAAAGAUUUACUAGGUAGACAUGAAAUUCUAAUGAAAGAUAAUGAAAGAGAUUUACAAGAGUCUAACAAGUUAAAUAAUUUUCUUCAGGAGGAAGUUGAAAGUCUUAAAUCAGAUCUGUUAUCUACCAAAGAAAAACUUAAUUCAGAAAUUCAGAAAAUUGAAAGUAAAUCAUCACUGUUGAAGGAUAAAAAUUGUGAACUAAACAUUAAAGUGGAAAAGUUUCAACAGGAAAAUGAUGUACUGAGUCGUAACCAAGAAGAGUUCCAGAAAAUCUUAAAAAAUUAUGAAGAACAGAUUUCUGAGCUAAAAAGUAAAGAUGAGGCGAACUGCAAACUUAUUAGUGAUCUAGAGAAACAAGUGAAAGAAACAAAUCACUAUAUUACUAAUACUAAAAACCAGAUUGAAAGGCUUCAGUUCUUUGAAUCCGAAUAUCAUGGCUUGGUUGGAAAAUCUAAUGAAAUGGAAGAAUCCUAUAAAGAGCAAGUUCAAAAGCUAGAAGAUACUAAUAGAAAAGUUACUGAUUACAUUCAGCAGUUAGAGGAAGAUAUUAAAUCAUUGGCUGAAAAACUUGAUAUAAUAGAAUGUGAAAAAGCAGAGCUCUUAACUUCUUUAGAAAAAGAAGUUAUUGAAAAAGAAUCAUUCCAAAAACUUGCUGAAGAUGCUGAACAUAAAAUAGAAAUUUUACAGAUCUCUAUUAAGGAACUUGAAGGUGAAAAGAUUGAGUCAUUGAAGAGGUCAAAAGAGUUUGUAAAUAAAAAAGCAAGUUUGGAAGAUAAGAUUACAGAAUUGGAUAAAGCUUUAGAAAAAUCAGAGUUAAACUUGACCACAGUGCAAAAACAAUGUGAAGAAGCUCAUAAAAGAUUAGUAGAUAGUCAAAAUGAAAAUGCAGGGUUAAAUUCCAGUUUGAUAGAAUCCCAGCAACUAAAUAAAACCUUUAAUCAUGAUAAGUAUGAACUAGAAUUGUACAUUCAGAGGAUUCAAGCUGAAAAACAGCAACUUUUUGAACAAAAUCAGAAAUUAGAGGAUGAUCUUAAUAAAUCUCAACAUGCCAACAAAAUACAAAAGGAUGAAUUAAACAGUCUUAGGAUAAAAUAUGAAGAAAUUGAACUUAACUUACAACAAGCAAAUGAACACGUGCAUGUUUUGCAGUCUGGUGCUGCUGAGCAUACACAAAAGUUGUCAUUGGAAUUAGAAUCUUGUCAUUCUCAGAUUCAAGCAUUGCAGACUAAAUUUCUUAACAAACAACAAGAGCUGGAUGAUGCUCAUCAGUCUACACAAAAAAAAGAUGAGGAAAUGAAAUACCUAAAACAGGAAAUAUUUGGUCUUCAAAAUGACUUGAAAGAUGCAAAGCAAAAGUUGGAGUUCAAAGAAAAAGAUUUUCAGACUCUUCAACAAAACAACAUUGAUAAGGACAUUGAGAUUUCUAGUUUAGUUGAACAGUUGAGUGCUUUGAAUACAGAUCAUAAUUCACAAUCCGUGGAGGCAAGUUCAUUGUUAACAAAGUUCAAAGAAAAGGAAGAACAAUAUAAUGAACUUUUUGUAGAUUUUCAGGAAAAUCUGAAGAAAAUAGAAAACAAAGAAGAACAAAUAACUAUACUUCAGACAAAGAUGGAAAAGCUAGAGUCAGAGCUUCAAAGUAUUAAGAGUACUUUCGAGGAAUGUGAAAAAUCAAAUAAAGAAUUAAAAAAGUUCAUUGAGAACAAAGAAGAAGACAUGAAAGAUCUUGAGAAAGAGUUGUCAAUCCAAGCAGAGAAAACUAAUCAACAAGAAUGUCAUGCACAAAACCUUGAAACUGAGGUACAACAGCUUCAAGCUGAAUUUCAAAAAGGAAAAGAACUGACAAAGAAACAGCAAUUACAGAUAGCUUCUUUAGAAACUGAAAUUUCGCAGUUCAAGCAAAUUUCUGAUACAUUGAACACUGAAAAACAGAAACUGAAGCAUGAACUGAAUGUACUCUUAGAUAAUGAGUUUAAGUCAUUACAGGCUGAAGUUAAUGAAAAAACUUUAAAGGAAUGCCAAAUGACUGAAGAAAUAGAGAACCUUAGAGUCACAUUGAAGGAAGUUGAGUCCAUUAGAAAAGAACGAGAUCAUUUAUCUUUAGAACUCCAAGAAAUGAACAAUACACUUCAAGAAAAGAAUAAUCACCUGCAACACUUAGAAGGAGAAGUAAGCAAGCUUAUUACAUCAAAUCAUGAAUUAAACAGAAAGAGAGAAGAUUCACAAAUAUUAUUAAAAGAUUAUGAAUCAUUAAAACUUCAGAUAGAGAAUAUCUUAUCAGAAAAAGCUUCUCUGCAGUCUACACUAGAUGAAAUGAAUGGUGAAAAACAGCACUAUCAGGAGCUCCCAGAUAAGUUGGAAAAAUUACAGGGGGAAGUAACAUCUCUUCAUCAGGCACUAGAAGUAAAAGAAUCUUUCUUAGAGGAUGCAAGAAAAGAGAUUUGUAAACUGGAAGCAAAAAGUAACAGUUUGCUCCAAGAAAAACAGAUUUUUGUAAAUGAUAAAAUGAAUCUAGAGAUGAAAAUCAAAGAAAGUGAGAAAGUUAUUAAAACAUUAACUUCAAAUUUAGGUUUAGAAAAAACAAAGAAAGAAGAAAUUUUGACUUAUGCUAAAAAAAAUGAAGAAAUUAUUAAACAAUUAGAAAAUCAGCUGAAAGAAGUUGAGACAGAUUUUGAAAGUUUUAGAUCUUCAGUGGAGAAAGAGAGAAGUGUUUUGAAAGAAAAAAAAGAGAAUCAUUCUCUCACUGAACAAAGUGCAGUAAGUUUGUCUAAACUACAUAUCUUACAAGAAAUCCAAGAGGAAACAAAUUUGAAAGUUGAAGAAGAAACGAGGCAGGAAUCUAGCAACUCUGAUAUAAAUAUAUUAAAGCAAGAAAAUGAACAUUUGAAACACGAGUUAGAGUCAUUCAAAAUUAAAACUGGAAAAGCAUUGGCUAAGCUUAAACAAUUUAAAAUGAAAAAUGAAAAACUCGAGAAUCAAUUAAAGGGUUUAUCAUCUAAGACUAUGGUAGAUGAAACUCAAAUAAAAGCAGAACAACAAAUCAGUGAAGAAUAUCUGAAAGGAAAAGAGCAUGUUAUAAAUAAACUCAAGGAAGAAGUGGCUACAAAUUUAGAAGAUUAUAGGAACUCUCUCCAGCAAAUUAAAGAAGAGAGAGAUCUUCUUCAAGACACAAACAAUUACUUGAAAGAACAAUCAAAGAACUUGAAUGAUGAUAUUAAAGCACUUGAAAAGAAACUUACAAACUCAUCGACAGAAACAAGAAGUUUAAAGCACAUAAUAGAAGAAUUAGAAAAAGAAAAAGAAUUAUUUGAAAGUAAGUGCAAUAGUUUAGAGAAGAAGUGCUUAGAAUUUAGUAGUGAUUGUGAAGAAGCAAAAGCUCAGUAUGAAAGUUAUAAACGAGAACUGAUUAAUCUGAAAGAACAUGAACAAAUGCUCUCUUCAGAUAAUGAGUCUUAUCAGCAGAUUGUUGAGGAAUUAAAAACAUCUAAACAAGUAUUGGAGCAGGAAUUAAGGAGAGUUAAAGAAACACAUUCCAAAAAUAUCAGAGAAUUUGAAGAAAGAAAUGUGCAAGAAACACUCAAGUUGAAGAACUUGGAAGAUAAUCUUCAAGAACAAGAGGACGAAUACCAGAAGUUGUAUUCAGAUUAUGUUGAACUCAGUAAAAACUGUGAUCAGCUUGUGAUGGAAAAAAAUAAUUUGAAAGAAAAACUACAGAAUGCUCAAAAAGAAAAAGAUGAUGCAAUUCAUUUGAAAAAAUAUGUAGAAGAAACUCUGUCCAAAACACAAACUGAACUUGAAUCCUUGAAAACAGUUCAUACUAGUCUUAACUGGGGACUUUCAGAUACUGAAUACACUGAUACUCUUCAAAUUGAGGCAGAUAAACUUCAGAAAGAGAAGGAAACCUUAAAGCAGCAUCUUCAGAAAUAUCAGAUGGAUUCUUUUCAGCAGUCUGAGAAAUUCGCAGAUUUUCAUGGUCCUGAAUCAGUGUCUUCAGAUGAUUUUGAAAAGUUAUGCAGAAAAAAUGAAGAGUUCAGUAAUGAAAUCUGCUCUCUCAAGAAAGAACGAGAACAAUUAUUAGUUGAGUUAAAUAAUGUGAAGGAGCAGCUCAACACCACUGAGUGGAAAAAUGCUGCAGACAUAAAGAAACUAGCAUCUGAAAAUCUGCACUUCAAGCAAGUAGUUGAAGGACUUACUUCAGAGAAUGAAACCUUGCAACAAAAACACUAUUAUUGUCAAACUAAGUGUCAACAACAGAUCAGAGAAUGGGAAGUUAGCUAUGAAUCACUUGAAAAACAAUUUAGAACUCUCAGAGAAGAACUUGAGUCUUUAAGAAAUGAUAAUAAAGCCCUAUAUAAUGAAAAGACUCAUCACGAGGCAUUAUGUAAUCAACUUCAAGGAGAAAAUGAUGUUUUCCAUCAUAAAGUGGAAGAACUGAAGCAAUAUCUAGCUGAUAAAGACUCUCAGCAACAAGCUGGGUCAGUUUCACAAAGUCAUUCUUCUAACAGUAGGCAGUUAGAAGAAAAUGAGGAGCAGCUAAAAUGGGAAUUUCAACAGGCGAUGCAAAGUCUACAUCAACAGGGAUUAAAAACUGAAAAGCUCAGUUUGGAAGUUAGUAAAUUGUUAGAGGAGAGGAAUGGCUUACAGCACCAAUUAGCACAAACUCAGAAAGUUCUUCAAGAAAAAGAAAAGGAACUAAUAAACCUUCGAGAGAUCAGUUUGUCAAGAAAACUCCAAGUACACAAAUCAGAUCAAAUGAAAGAACCAAAAGUCACUGGAGUGGACUUUACAUCAAUUCAAGUUGAUACUUUUUAUUCUCAUGUCGAGGAAACCUCAAAGCCACCAGUUGAACCUGGUUAUGUAGUGCCUGAGUCCCAUGACACAAAGAUUGUUCUUCUCCAACAAAGCUUGGAGGAGGGUAAGAUGAAAACUGUUGAAUUACAGCGAGCUAAUGAAGCCUUAGACAGAGCCCUUAAAGUAGAGCAACAGAGACGCCAACGUGUAGAAGAGGAAUUAAACUAUGCUCAAGAACAGAUAGUUCUUGAUGCACAGUCUCCAACCAAAAGAGAGUAUUGUCUACUGUUGGAGGAUGACAGACCUCAGAUGGUACUAGAAACCAAUUAUUCCAUAUCUCGGCGUGUGAAAACUCACUGUUACAAAUUUAGGAGAUGGGUUCGUGGAAGGAGAAUGUAUUGUUAUCGUACUUUGAAACGGAAGAGUGCCUUGCAGCUAUUGUUUUAUGUCUACCUGUUAUUCGUCCACGUAUGGGCAUUUAGCUGUUCAUUGUUUUAGGAGUAAAACUUUUGUAUGUUUUGAGUACUUAAAAGAAUCACUAUCCAUUGUCUUAAUUAUUUGACCUAAUAUUAAUAUAUAUGUGAAACUGUACUUUCUUCCAGACAGUGUUCUUUAAGAAAUACUUCCUUAAUCAGUAUUCUAACACAUCCAGUCCCAAAUAGCCUAUUCAUAAUUUAAUGUUGAUUUGGAAAAUUGUCUCUCUUGCUGUAUGAUAGCUAUUGCUACAAGAGCUUUGUACCUGUUUGUUUUUCUAUUGAUGUUUUUAGAACUAAAUCAAGUCAUUUAUUGCCAUAUGUUUUGAGUUUAUCAGUGCUCAGUAAAACAUUCUUUCAUGAAAUAGGAUUUAUGGAUUAUGAACUAUUUAUUCAAAAAAAUCAUUUACUUCAUUUUUUAAGCUAAAUUAUGUUGUUUUAUUCUACUCCUGUGUGAUUUUGAAUCCUGUUAUAUGUUUUAUUAAAUCCAGCAUGUGACUGUUAAUGAGUUGUAUUGUGUAUAAAAUUGGUAGAUAGUAUGCUUUGUGUAUGGUAUAAAAGCUCUUUCAGUUAGCCUUUGUUAACUCAAAGUACUGCAGACAUAACAUUUAUUCUAAAAUAAAAAUGUUUGGUUUGUAAAGAAAAUGAAACAAAUUAUAAGGAAAUGCUAAUUGUGUUUGAAUGAUUUAAUGAAAUUCCUUUGUUUUAUUUUCAAUGAACUUGUACUGGCUCUUUUUUUAAUUUAUUUUUAAUUUUCUAGAUGUAAAAUUGGUUGCUUACAAAUACAAAGGGUUUUAUGUUAUAGAUGGUACUGAAAUAUAAGGUGGACAAAAAAAAGGGAAAAUAGGGCUGUAGUCUUAUUGCAUGAAUAAAGAUGAAACUGUUGCUGAACACCUGUUUGAAUAUAAGAUACUUAAUGAAAAUUAUCUUUUAACUAAAUGGCAUUUAAGAAAAUUGCAAAAAAUAACCUAAGUAAUUCCAAUUUAUACAUUUAUGGUUUCUACAUAUUUAUUGCAUUAAGUAAAUGGGAUUAUUGAAUAUAUUCAGACUUUGAAGAUUAGAUUGUACUAAUUUGUAUUUCACAUUUAUUGUAACACUUGUCUGUUUCAAAAAUUAACUGUGAUCUUUUAUUUUCAAGUAUAUAUAUACGUAUGUAUAUUAUAUUGGAAGGCAAUGAAACAAACCUGACUAAAAGAUAAGUUUUAUUCCUUUGCUUAAAGUGGAAGAUAAGAUCAGUUUGGAAUAUGUAUCUAUUAGCCAUUUUGUUUACAUCUUCAGGCUUUUUUGUAGAAUAUUAAUCAACCAUUCAACAUGUGUGUAAUCAGUUUUAACAAGAAUAUUUUAUUUAGAGAGCAACAAUUUAAAAUUAAUAUCAGUGAAAACAGUUUGAGUGUACCACUUUUGAUGUUUAUCUGGGUAAGAAGUUAAAUAUUUAAGCUCAAACUUACACAUUUUAAGUUAUUUUCUUGUCUUGUCUUGUUUAUAUGUUUAAUACUUUUCCAAACUAUUUUAACAAUUGCUGACUUAUUAGUUGUGUCAAAAGUGAACAUCAAAAAAAAAGAUAUCUUAAUAGUAUGAAAAUAGACCUAAUUUCAGCAUUUAUGUGUAAAAUAGUUAUAAUAAAGAUUUUUUAAAAAUUCAUGUAUACUGGAUGAACCAAUAUACACCUUAUGUAAGACUACAAAUCCAUUGAGGUAUUUUGUAUCUUUAAACUUGAUAUGUUGCUUGUUAAAAAUCAAGACUGAAUUUUUUUUAUACAAAUUGGAAUUUAUUGAAAAGUACAGAAUAAUGAUUGUUAUAUUAUUGACCAACAGAAAGGAUAUAUUAUGUAUAUAAGAAGAUUUUUAUUGACUGUGCUUAGCAUAGACUAGAUUGUAAAUGAAUAAAAACAUUUAUGUACA